GGUGUGUGUCUGUGUGUCUGUGUGUGCGUGCGUGUGUGUGUCUGUUUGGGGGGGGUCCUCGGCUGACGCGCGGCCGCCCCCGCACUGUUCUCCCCAGACCCCGCGUCCUCACGGCCGCCCGGUGCUGGCAGUGUGGGGCGGUGCGGCCGCUCAGUGCCCCCCGCGGCCGCGGCCGGCGGCGCCGCUGCUCCGGCAGAGUUUGGUGCCCUACUUCACUCUACUUUAGUUUCACUCACUUUACAUCCGGGCUUUUUCCCUAGGCAAUGGGUGCCGCAGCACAGCCCGUUCCUUAGGCAAAGGGAAAUAAAUUCGCCGCACCGACACGUCAAGUAGUCCCCCCUCAGGAGAAGCCGCCGAGCCCGCCCUCCUGGUUCCCCCCCUUGCCCUGACCCGGGCCCGGCCGGCGGCGUCCCACCGUUGCAACAGGGAGUGGGGAGCGUGGGCGUGGGCCCGCCGGUCCCCGGUUCCCCGUUUCUCUCCUCCUGCGCCUCUUCGGCUUCGUGCCGCCCUCCCCGCCCGCUCCCUCCUCCCCGCCGCAGGAGGAGCCCCCCGCGGAGAGGGGGAAGGAAAAGGACCCCACAGAGGCGAGAGCGAGCGAAGAGGAGGAGGAGAAGGGAGCAACCUACCAUCUUCCACUCCCCGCUUAGCUUAAAGAAAGUGAGAGGAGAGAGAGAGAGGCGCCCAGAAGAGGGGGACAGGGAGGCCCAGAGGAGCGGCGGCGCCGGCACCCUCCCCCUAUGAAGAAGAGUCCUCCCCCUCAGAGAGAGGUCCUGCCAGGGGGACCCCGGCCGGCCCGCAGCAGCACCGCCGCCGCCAGCAGGGAGGGGGUAGAGAGCUGAAAGGGAUAACUUACUCAAAACUGGACUGGUGUUAAAGAGGAAACCAGAAACUAAAGGCACUGGAAUCAGCAAAGACACUUCUAGAGAAAGUGGAGAAGGUAGAGAAUGGAGCUGCAGACUCUACAGGAGGCUCUGAAAGUGGAAAUUCAGGUUCACCAGAAAUUGGUUGCCCAAAUGAAGCAAGAUCCACAGAACGCUGAUUUGAAGAAACAACUUCAUGAACUUCAAGCCAAAAUCACAGCUCUGAGUGAGAAACAGAAAAGAGUGGUGGAACAGCUUCGAAAGAAUUUGAUAGUGAAGCAGGAACAGCCAGACAGUAAAUUUCAAAUACAGCCAUUGGCACAGUCAGAAAACAAACUACAGACACCACAGCCACAACCACUACAACAGCUACAGCAACAUCACCAUCAACAGCAGCAACAGUCCACGGCACCCUCUCCAAACGUGAUAGGAUCACAGAAAACUGUAACUACAGCUUCUAUGAUCACCACUAAGACACUACCUCUCGUCUUGAAAGCAGCAACUGCGACCAUGCCUGCCUCUGUUGUGGGUCAGAGACCUACCAUUGCCAUGGUUACUGCUAUCAACAACAAUCAGAAAGCAGUCCUCAGCACUGAUGCGCAGAAUGCACCAGUCAACCUCCAGACAACAAAUAAGGUCACUGGGCCAGGAGCUGAGGCAGUCCAAAUAGUGACAAAAAACACAGUAACUUUGCAGGUUCAGGCUACCCCUCAGCCCAUAAAAGUGCCGCAGUUCAUCCCUCCUCCCAGACUUACUCCUCGUCCAAAUUUUCUUCCACAGGUUCGACCUAAACCAGUUGCCCAAAAUAACAUUCCUAUUGCCCCUGCACCUCCUCCAAUGCUUGCAGCUCCUCAGCUUAUUCAGAGGCCUGUGAUGUUGACAACAAAGUUCACACCCACCUCUUUACCCAACUCUCAGAACUCCAUACAUCCAGUUCGUGUAGUUAACGGGCAGACAGCAACCAUAGCCAAAACUUUCCCUAUGGCACAGCUCACCAGCAUCGUGAUAGCAGCACCGGGUACCAGGCUCGCUGGGCCUCAGACUGUACAGAUCAGCAAACCAAACAUUGAAAAACAGACUAUUAAACCACAUGUGGAAACAGAAGAGAAGCAAACAGAAAGUCGUACAGUUACUCCACCUGCUGCACCGAAGCCAAAACGAGAAGAAAAUCCACAGAAACUUGCCUUCAUGGUUUCUCUGGGACUAGUUACUCAUGACCAUCUGGAAGAAAUCCAAAGUAAGCGACAAGAGAGGAAAAGAAGAACAACAGCAAAUCCAGUGUACAGUGGAGCCGUUUUUGAGCCUGAGCGCAAGAAGAGUACAGUGACGUACCUGAACAGCACAAUGCAUCCUGGGACACGUAAAAGAGGUCGUCCACCUAAAUACAACACGGUGUUGGGGUUUGGGGCUUUGACCCCCACGUCCCCUCUCUCCAGUUAUCCUGACUCCCCUGAAAAUGAAAAGACAGAGACCACAUUUACUUUUCCCGCAGCUGUUCAGCCUGUGUCCCUGCCUAGCCCCAGCUCCACAGACGGUGAUAUCCAUGAGGAUUUUUGCAGCGUUUGCAGAAAAAGUGGGCAGUUGCUGAUGUGUGACACAUGUUCACGUGUUUAUCACCUGGACUGUCUGGACCCGCCUCUGAAAACCAUUCCUAAGGGCAUGUGGAUCUGUCCCAAAUGUCAAGACCAGAUGCUAAAGAAGGAAGAAGCAAUCCCAUGGCCAGGAACUUUAGCAAUUGUUCAUUCAUAUAUUGCAUAUAAAGCAGCAAAAGAAGAGGAAAAACAGAAACUACUUAAAUGGAGUUCAGAUUUAAAACAGGAAAGAGAACAACUAGAGCAGAAGGUCAAACAGCUCAGCAAUUCUAUAACAAAAUGCAUGGAAAUGAAGAAUACCAUCCUUGCAAAACAGAAGGAGAUGCACAGCUCCUUGGAGAAGGUAAAACAGCUGAUCCGCCUCAUCCAAGGCAUCGACCUUUCAAAACCCAUAAACUCUGAGGUCAAUUCAGUAGCCAUCUCCAACGGCAUGGACUCCACUAACAAUACUAAUGCUGCCACCUCCACCUUAGCCCCCUCCCCUUCCCAGAGCUGCAUGGUGAACUGUAACAAGGGCGAUGAGACUAAAUAACACAGUGAAGUUAAGAAGGAGCCAAGGGAGGUGGCGGCGAGGAGAAAGAGCAAAAUAAAGAAACUCUAGAAAAGCAAAACUGGA